AUGUCCUGUCGCUCCUACAGGAUCAGCCCAGGAUGUGGAGUUACCAGAAACUUCAGCUCCUGCUCGGCUGUGGCCCCCAAAACUGGCAACCGCUGCUGCAUCAGCGCUGCCCCCUUCCGAGGAGUGUCCUGCUACCGGGGAUUGACGGGCUUCAGCAGCCGCAGCCUCUGUAACCCGAGCCCCUGCGGGCCACGCAUGGCUGUUGGAGGCUUCCGCUCCGGCUCCUGUGGACGCAGCUUCGGAUACCGCUCUGGAGGAGUCUGCGGGCCCACACCCCCCUGCAUCACCACAGUCUCCGUCAAUGAGAGCCUGCUCACGCCCCUCAACCUGGAGAUCGACCCCAAUGCUCAGUGUGUGAAGCAUGAGGAGAAGGAACAGAUCAAGUGUCUCAACAGCAAGUUUGCCGCCUUCAUCGACAAGGUGCGCUUCCUGGAGCAGCAGAACAAGCUGCUGGAGACCAAGUGGCAGUUCUACCAGAACCAGCGCUGCUGCGAGAGCAACCUGGAGCCGCUGUUUGGCGGUUACAUAGAGGCGCUGAGGAGGGAGGCUGAGUGUGUGGAGGCGGAUGGCGGGAGGCUGGCUGCUGAGCUCAACCACGUGCAGGAGGCCAUGGAGGGCUUCAAGAAGAAGUAUGAAGAGGAGGUGGCUCUGAGGGCAACAGCAGAGAACGAGUUUGUGGUUUUGAAGAAGGACGUGGACUGCGCCUACUUACGGAAAUCAGACCUGGAGGCCAACGUGGAGGCCUUGGUGGAGGAGUCCAGCUUCCUGAAGCGCCUCUACGAAGAGGAGAUCCGAGUUCUGCAAGCCCACAUCUCAGACACCUCCGUCAUCGUCAAGAUGGACAACAGCCGGGACCUAAACAUGGACUGUGUUGUGGCUGAGAUCAAGGCUCAGUAUGACGACGUUGCCAGCCGCAGCCGGGCAGAGGCCGAGUCGUGGUACCGCACCAAGUGUGAGGAGAUGAAGGCCACGGUGAUCCGGCACGGGGAGACCCUGCGCCGCACGAAGGAGGAGAUCAAUGAGCUGAACCGCAUCAUCCAGAGGCUGACGGCCGAGAUUGAGAACGCCAAGUGCCAGCGUGCCAAGCUGGAAACUGCUGUGGCCGAGGCAGAGCAGCAGGGAGAGGCCGCCCUCACCGAUGCCCGCUGCAAGCUGGCUGAGCUGGAGGCUGCCCUGCAGAAGGCCAAGCAGGACAUGGCCUGCCUACUCAAGGAGUACCAGGAGGUGAUGAACUCCAAGCUGGGGCUGGACAUCGAGAUCGCCACCUACAGGCGCCUGCUGGAGGGCGAGGAGCACAGGCUGUGCGAGGGUGUGGGCUCUGUGAAUGUCUGUGUCAGCAGCUCCCGUGGUGGAGUCACAUGUGGGGGCCUCACAUAUGGCUCAACCCCAGGCCGCCAGAUUACCUCUGGCCCCUCUGCCACUGGGGGCAGCAUCACAGUGAUGGCCCCUGACUCCUGCUCCCCUUGCCAGCCACGCUCCUCCAGCUUCAGCUGUGGGAGCAGCCGCUCAGUGCGCUUUGCUUAGAAACAGGACCUCCAACUGAGCCACCUCUCUGCCCCUGAAUGGAGUGAUGUGUGAAUGGAAAAUGUGUGCUUGCUUCCAGAAUAGUCCAGAUGUUCUGUAAGAGAAAAGAGCUCAGGGUCUCUUUCCUCCACCUUCUUUUAGGAAGUUGUUUCUCCUCUGGCUUCACUUUAGAAGCUUAUUCCCAAGCCUUCCCUUAAUUCCAACCUGUCUUCAAAUACCUAUAAUUGAUUUGUGUCAUUCACCAAGUCCUCUGGGACACUCCCAGUCACCUAGGGUGGCUGGACAAUGAAGCUUGGCUUUCAUAGGUCAAGGCAUAGUCCUAACCACCCAGUGAUUCCCCCCAAAACCAAGAACCAGAGGGAACCCUCACCAAGCAGCUCCCACUUCUGGCCCCAGGUACAUGGCCUCAGAGGCAGCAAGCACCUGCCUAUCAUUGGUUGUGUUUGCUCAUCUCCCUGACUGACUGCCUUCCUUGGGGCAACCUGCUCCAGCCAGACUCCUUGGGUUGCCUCCCAGAAAACAAGUCUACUCUCUGGGGAGUUCUGCUACCUACAGCCCCUGGCUGGGAGCUUUGAACAGGUCUUGCUAUUCAGGACAUCUUUACACAUUUCAAGGACUCCAUACUUGUUCCAGGCCUUCCUUGCCUGUGCAGAAGGGAACUGCCCGCUGGAGAGCUGAUGGGAUGGGGACUAUGAGGCCACUUUCCGGUUCUGUCUGUGGGUGCCUUUGCCUUCUGGGUUGACCCCAUCUGUGUUUCAAUAAAUGCUGCUGC